AUGGGUAGCUUCGAUCAGAGCAAGGCAUACGCUGCCCAGGAACAAGAAGGCACGUUCUUCGAUGACGGCCGAGAAAUCGACCUCCUGCAUUUUGUGUACGGUCAUGCGGACAUCGACAAUAUACGAGGCUCGCCUGAAAAAGUACUGGCUGCCAUUGAUGAGUUUGGGCGGACGAAGAAGUACCUCAUGAAUGUAGGAGAGGACAAGGGCCGGAUCGUGACAGAUUUGAUCGCGGAAGUCAGGCCAAAUACAAUGGCAAGUCAUAGAGUCGAACUCGGCGGUUACGUUGGGUAUUCGUGUAUCCUAUUUGGCAAUGCAGUACGGAAAGCUGGAGGCGAGAGAUACUUUAGUCUGGAGCGUGAUCCAGCUUUCGCGGCAGUCAUCAUGUCUCUUGUUGAUCUUGCCGGUCUUUCAGACGUCGUGAAAGUCAUCAUAGGCUCCAGCGAUACAUCAAUCGCGCGGCUGACAUCUUCCGGCCAGUUGAAACAUGUUGAUCUCAUGUUCCUGGACCACUACAAGCCUGCGUACACAACUGACCUGAAGCUCUGCGAAGAGCUCGGCUUGAUCACAAAGGGCUCCGUCCUGGCAGCGGACAACGUCAUCAAGCCUGGAAACCCACCCUACCUCAAAUAUGUACGGUCUAGUGUUGAGGAGAAGGUCAAAGAGGCUGGACAAGGGAGCGCCACCAAACUUGAUGGCAUUGCUGAGACAAACGUCAAGAUGUACGAGCAAAGAUAUGGCAAAGCCAAAUUCAGCGAUAGCAAGGGCAACCCGAAUCUCAGGUAUGACAGCAAGCUCGUCAAUAGCUACGAGCCGACUGGUGAACCUGAUGGUAUUGAGAUUACACGAUGCAUCGGAUAG